UUCUCAGAUCUAGAGCUGGCCAUCAACACGUUGGUCACAGAGUUUCAUAAAGCCGCCGACGACGGGCCGACCAUGAACACCACACAGUUUCAGACCAUGCUCUCCAAUCAGAUGCCUGCGUUCGCCAAGACGGUGGAGGGCGAGGAUGCUCUGGCUCAGGUUCUGCAGCAGAUGGGCGUCGAGAACGGUCAGGACAUCUCCUUCGAGAACGUCUGGACUCUGAUCAACAAACAGGCUGUCCAGCUGUUCAGCUCCACGCCCAAAGACAAGAGCAUCAAGUGUGGCUGUCUGCUGCAGUGACCUCACCUGGAGACACCUGAGGACACCUGAGGACACCUGGGAACACCUGAAGACACUCGAUGACACUCGAUGACACCCGACAACACCUGGAGACACCUGAAGAUAUCUGACAACACCUGACAAUACCUGGAGACACCUGACAACACCUGACAAUACCUGGAGACACCUGGAGACACCUGACAAUACCUGGAGACACCUGACAACACCUGAAGACACCUGACAACACCUGACAACACCUGAAGACACCUGAC